AGGAAAGCAACACGGUUCUAUUUACGUAAGCGGAAGGAGGGCACGCGCGCUCACGUGAUGCACUCGCCGGUUUAAGUGGCGGUUUGCGCUUCCGUCCGCCAGGGAGUUCGCAGCCAGAAGCACCUCAAGAAAAUCGUUGCGGGCAUCCGCAAAUCAGCAACAGAAGCCGGCCGAAACCCUUACGACGUCAAGAUCUUCGCCCUCGCGGCUGCAGAUAUUUUUCGCGGUCAGCCGACAGGAAACGACAGAGGAGGACAUCCUAAAGCAACGGGCGGAAGCGCUGCGGGCCCGUGGCUUUUACCCCCGGCAACAUCGCCUCGAAUCUCGUUAAAAAACCCGCUAGGACACUGCGCAGAAGCAAGUCUUGGGCCGCUAGUGCAAUCGGCAUUCCCGAAGGAAGUGUUCAAGGAAUGUACCGUUGUUCCGCUCCCGACCAUCACGAUCUACACGCUCGCAUUAAGCUUUGCCCCACACCGCUGCCCGAGAACGGAAGUCAUCAAAUGGCAGGAUCCGUGCACAACCUGCCAGCUGGGCUUCGACAAUUUGAAAAAACUGUACUCGAUCCAGUAUUCUUGGUUCAAGUCGAUGGCAAUACAGAAUCUUCAGCAGUUAUCGGCCUAGGUGACGUUCUCGCUGCAGUCAACGGAGGACUUCGAAAGUUGGACAACAGCCUAUCUGGAGUACCGAGUCACACCACUAUGGAAGAAUUGAUUUAUGUCUGGGACCUGCUUACCGGGCCUAUGCACGGAUUUCAUCUCCUCGCCAUCCUGGCAGAUUACCGAGCUGUGGAUCCUUGGACUAAGAUCGCGACACGGAACGCAUUGUUCGUCGACGCUAAACUUGGUCUAUUGCAGUACGUCGUUGAUGUCAAUCUGGUAACCGUCGUGUCGAGCGACCUAGACCCUCAGGAAAUCGAGCGCCGGUUGGAAUUUGGAGAAGAACUCUCGCUGGAGUCUGGAAGAAUGAUUAAGGACAUCUUGAUAGAGAGUCCUGUCCAGAAGGUGCAUACCUCGGACUUCGUCGUAGAUUGGGAUGACUGAGGCGCUGUUCUACAGCUGGUUUUGGGCCCGCGUUCGGCGCAUCUACCAAGCCAUUCGAAAAAGGAAACCGCCUACGUUCAUGCAGCGCCUGCACACAUGUCCACAUAGUAGUCUCCUUGAGAAGAAUAUAUA